AUGAACUUCAAGAGCGUGAAUAUAAUAUUGAAUACAAACAAUCCUCAAUCAGAAAGCAGCUUAAAAGCCAUUACUUCGAACGUAGAGCCUCAGUCAAAGGAUGAAGACUCCAAAACAAAUGAAAAAGGAAAUCUUGAAUUGGAUCUACCACCAGUUCCAACCAAUACUCCAAUAUCAUCAAAGUCGGUUGGUUCUAAUGAUGGUGCAGAAGAAAUAAAGCGAAAAUAUCGAAAUCCUUUCGCAAAAAAAUAUUUCAAAAAAUCCAAUAUUAAAAAACAGGAUGUUAUUACGCCACAACCAUUCCAUCAAGAUCCACCACAUCAGACCUUUGUUCCACAACCACAUCAACAGUAG